AAUUCCUGAAUGGCAGAAUGGGGUUGAAAUGGAUGGCUUUUGUGAUCUCUUUCAAUUCUAUGAUUCUAUAGUUGUUGUGAUAUUUAACUUUUCCAGGAAGUGAGAAAUAUUUCUUUCAUUCUAGGCAAAAAGAGCAGAUGACGAAAAAAGGAGGGCAGUACAUUGAUGAGAGACUUCUGUUCCAUGGGACUAGUUCUUCUAAUGUGGAAGCUAUCUGUAAUGACAACUUUGACUGGAGAAUUUGUGGGGCCAAUGGAAUAGUAUUUGGGAGAGGGAGCUACUUUGCCAGAGAUGCACGGUAUUCCCACAGCUACUGUCAGCGUGAUACAAAGACAAAGGUGAUGUUUGUGGCUCAGGUCCUGGUUGGUGAUUUCAUUGUAGGCUGUGCAAGUUACAGUCGUCCUCCAGCAAAAUCAACUAAUAAGCUCCACUACUACGACAGCUGUGUGGACAACAUGACAGACCCCUCCAUCUUUGUCAUCUUUGAAAAGCACCAGAUUUAUCCUGCAUAUACAAUUGAUUAUAGUGAAGAAGAUAAAUGCCUUUUGUCCUAGUUGACAGGGGAACGAUUAUAACUGUAAAUUUUUACAGUAAAACUGUACGCAUUUAAUUUACAGUGUAGGUUUUUCAUUUUUAUCAAGUUAGAUUUUAGGGAAGCAACACAUAUCAUAUCCAGUAUAAUCAUCUGUAAAUCUAAAAAUGUAUGCCCUAAAAUUGACCCCAGAAUCCCGGGUCAAUUUAUUUACAGACCAGUGUGGGAAUGUGACAGCAGCUCUUUCAAAUUCCCCCAUGUGGGAUGUGUGGGAGAACAGUUUUUUUUCACCGCUCACUUUUGAUUUGUCAGCAACUUAUAGGUGUCCUAUCAAUCAGGUCCUACUUGGUGUUCAAAAGUUACACAUUCACCUGAAAGUCCUCAAUGUUUUGGGCAGUUUCUUGUCAAUGGCAAAGGCAGGUUCUUACUCUGUAAACAUAUAUUAUUAUGGUAUUCAUAAAGUGUUGGUUGCUACAGCAAUAAUAAAAUAAAUACAGAAAUAA